AAAAAAAAAAAAAGAUAAAACCUAAGGAAGCAAAACUCUAUCUUUUUCGCACUUCUCUAUCUCUGACGGCGUUCUACCAAAGCUCUGUCUCUAAGGCUCCUCUGAAUCUCCCAUCUUUGAAGUUCUCAUCUCUGCUAGGUUAUUCGUUGCUCUUCCAAUUAUUGAAAUUUUUGGAUUCAAUACAGCUCGAUUGAUCAAAGCACCAACCAUCGCAUUCUUUGCUCUGUUAAGCAACAGGUUUCUGUUUGGGAUUUCACUCUCUGAUAGGCCUGUGCGGCAACAAUUCAUUAUUUGCUCUUCUGGGUUGUUCUUUGGUUACCUUGUCAAUUGCGUCUGUGAGAGAAGUUUGUUAUUUCUUGAUUUUGCAUUUUUUAUAAUAGUAGUCACAAGAUGCGCCGUUCCAAUGUGUCUAACAUCCAAAAGCCUACUACUGGUAAUGCACCGAGUAAACGCUCUCGUGUGCAAACUACUGAUCAGCCAUGCCCAAAUGGAUCCCGUUCUACUUCAGGUAGUGCAAUGAGUAAACACUCUCGUGUGCAAACUACUAAUCAAUCAUGCGAAAAUUAUGGAGAAGAUGGACUCAAUUCUGCUAUUGGUACCACUACAGAACGAACUACUACUGGGGUCAGAAUUAGUUCACGUCUUCAGCAUCAAACUGCUAAUGAUCAGCUAUUGAUAAAUGUUAUAACUGAAGAGCAAAAUGAUAAUGUGAUGUCAACCAGUAAUCAAGACCCUCCUACAGGUCCAACAAAAAAGGUGCGGGGAAAGACAAGAGGAGUGAAUGCAGAUAAGGUGCUUUCUCAAUUGAAUGCUAAAAUACCUGUCAUUCUGACCGAACAAAAUGGUAGGCCUACAGGCCCAUAUUCUGAAAUGUUGGCCAAUGAAAUUGGUUUCACAGUUCGAAACCAUGCCCCACUAAAUGUGGAAAAAUGGAAGAAGAUUCCAAAAAUUGAAGUGGAUAAGUUUGUUAAAAGAAUAACGAACAAGUUUGACAUUGACAUGUCUCUCCCUUGGGUCGAGAGAUAUGUAAUUACAACAUGUCAGACUGUAUUUUGUAAUUUUCGUUAUAAGUUGAAGAAACAUUUUGAGAAAUUUUCAACAAUCGAGGAAGCAAUUGAAAACAAACACGAUGAUGUCAAGACUCAGGAAGAAUGGGAGUUUCUCUGUGCUCGUUUUUCUAGUGAAAAGUUUCAGAUUCGUUCAGAGAAGAAUGCUAUAAAUAGAUCAAAGUUGACACAUCACCACAAAGCUGGGUCAAAGUCAUUUAUGUCUCACCAAGAGCAAAUUGCAGCACAGACUGGAGAGAUGCAAGAUGCAAUUGAUCGCUUUGAAACAGAGUACAAAAGCACUAAAAAAGGUUGGGACUUGGGAGCAAAAGCAAAGUGGGAUGAAAUGAUUAAGAUGUGAAUUGAGACAACUCAACCUGAUGGAACUCGGACAAUGACAGAUGAUGAAAUUUGUGCAAAAGUCCUCGGAGUCAAAUCAGGCUACAUCAAGGGUUGUGGUUUUGGCCCUAGACCUCCACCAUCAAGGGUCUCUCAUUCGUCGAUAAAUGAAAUGUCUGAAAAGAACAAAGAGUUGCAAGGACAGCUUCAAGAGACCCAACACCUUGUAGGGACUCAACAACAAAAGAUUGAUGCACAAAAUGAGGUGAUCCAAAGAUUGGAGGAGCAAGCCAAAAAGUUUGAGGAGUUCAUGGCUAACUUUUCCAGGCAACAUCCAUCAAGUUAGUAUCUUUAUUAGAGAACUUAAACAUGGAGAAAUAAUUUUUUAGAUCAUCUUGAUUUUGUUAUUGGUUUUAGACUAUUUUUGUUACUCUUUAUGUUAGGAAACACUAUGAUUGUUACUUUGGUUUUAUUAUUAUGAGAUUUAUUAUUGGUUUGAUUA